GCGCAGUGCUAUUCACCACUGCCAAACCACGAACAUGAAGACCGCCAUCCGGGCUCGCCUUGCAGACAGUGUCUCCAGGAAUUGGCAGGAAACGUUCAACUCCCGCACAUGGCCUGGUAUGGCCAGCAGUUUGAAGCCCUUUCAUCGAUCCCGCCAUCGAUUCCGCCAUCGAUUCCGCCGGUGAUGGCAGCACCCGUCUUGCGAACGCAGUCACUUGGGCCAGACUAUGGCACGCCGGCGUACCCCAGACCCCAGCAACGACAGGAGGCUCGCCUGCGCGGCAGAAAGCAGGGGCGAGGGUCUAACCCGCUCAUGCCCCUGCUGACCCAGGCGUUCCAGAACUACCGGAAGAAACAGGCGGACAAGCCAGAACAGAAAUGGCCCGAGGCAUUGGAGGGGCACUUCCUUGACGGUAAGUCUACCGAGCAAACAAAGGCACGCCCCCCUAGUGCCGUCCCUUUCUCACUUCUACUCAUCCCUCAGAUGGGGCGCAGUAAAUAUAGCAUAGAGCAGCGUCAGCAGGGGCGGAACCAGUUGAUUGGAAAGUAUCUGUGGUUAGCCUCUUGCCGUGACCUGGGCCCCGGUGAGAAACCCAGCGCUCUUCUUCUGGAGAUUCGGGGAGAGAAAGGAAGAAAGAGGGUUUCGAGUCACAUCCAGGUGGUCAGGAACUUCUUUGCCGCUCAUCGUUGCCUUCACUUUCUGUUCGGCCCACGACAGAAAGACAAGGAUGACAAAGACGAGCGCCACAUCGAGAAGGUGUCGCUCAAGAACAAUCCGAUCCUGAUUGCCCUGUCCGAGAAUCGGAUGCCCGAUCAGCGACCCAACUACGAGUACUUUGCGCAGAUUCUCGCCCUGAACGAACAGGUGCAGUUCAGGCCUCGGCGCUGCUGGAUCUUUGUCUCGCAUCCGGACGUGCUCGUCAGCAAAGACGGCUCGGGGUACUUGCCCACGACAGGCACCAAGCUCGGCCAGGCCGAGUAUCCGCACCUCCGGCGCAACCUCGAGCGCGAGACGUGGGCCAGGGAGGAGGAGCAGCACCUAUUCAGGGGCGCACUCCUUCACGAGUUCACCAAGGAGAUCCACCAGGUCGAAUCGGGCAGCGUCGGCGACCUUGCCAGGAAGUGGGCGUCCGCGUUCCCGAGCCUCCAGCAGCGCCUGAGGGCGAUCACGUCGUCGACCACGGAUGGACAGUGCGACGUCCUGCACCUGCACACCACGCUCGAGCUGAGGGAGAAGCCCGGCUUUCCUGCCGACUCGAGCCUCAGCUCUUGGGUCGAGAUCAGCAUUGAACAGCCGCACUUGCUCAACCACCGAUGGAGGGUCGAGACACACCUUGUCGGGCCUCCGGAGCUCAGCUAUGCCCGCGAUGACUCAGGGGAAGAAGGCUCGUACCAGGAAGAUAUUUAUGAGCGGCAUGGUGAGUUUACCAUCAAGUACCAGCAUCAGCCGGGAUGCGACGGCUCGCGCAGCAGCAGCAGCAGCAGCAGCAGCAGCAGCAGUGACAGUGCCCGCGGACACUGUGACUGCCUCUCGCGGUGCAGCGGUCGGGACGCGUUCUCGGUACCGUUCCCGAUUCCGUUCCCCGCUACCGCCUGGGCCCAGACACUCACCAACUGCGCCGAGUACCCGGCGUAUCCGUCCAGCGGGAGCAAGAGGCAUGCGCGCGGGUGGGGCGUCGAGUGCGAGAGAGAGGAGGACAGGGAAGAGGCGGGAUGGCGCCGACGCGGCAGCAAAGAGCCUACGCAAAUGGACCUGGUCCCCAAGAUCGCCAUGAUGCAGGAGAUCUUGUCGUGCCCGCCGCCCGCUCCGUCCCACCAAGGGGAGAGCAGCGAAGCUUCUUCGGAACAGGGCUGGACACGUCGCGGGCUGAUCCUCUGGACGUUUGACACCAUUCACAGCGUGGCCAAGGAAGGAGGGAGAGAAAGGGGGAAGCCGCAGACGGCCUCGGGCGGGAGGACCUGCUGGCGCUUCCUGACUAUUCUCGAUCCCUCCAGCGAGCAUCACCUGCGGCAGGCCGCGGUCACCAGCCGCCGGACGCCCGCUGAUGAGUUCCGGGGCGUCUCGGACAGCCUCGCCUGCGCUUCGCGGCCCGGGUCCCGCGCUGCCAUCCCGUCCCCGACCCCGAGCUACCCGCAGCACCCGAGCGCGACCACGAAUGAGAACUUCCCGCCGGCCUGGAACAAUGUUGCUGUAGGGCCAGGUGCGGCGCUGUCCCUCCCUCCGACGACGCGAGCCUACGGUGCCGAUGUCGAUGCCAUUUCACAUGCGAUACCACCGCGCGCGGCCGCGGGCGAGGCAGGGUACGAGCUGCCGGACAGCUUCGGCGGCAGCCACGGCGGGCUAGCAACGCCGCCUUCGACCGCCUCCACGGCCAGCUCGCUCACGCAGCCCUUCAGCACCGCCUCGGCGGGCUCCGACGUGUUCCCGGGCUACGUGUCCCCGCCGCACGGCCCCGUGACGACGGCGGAUCCGGGAGCCGGCCCGCACACCCUCGGCGGCGCGCUCCCGGGGGCGAUGACGGACCCGUUCCUGUCAGACGUGGGCGGUGCAUACGGCGGAGCGCAGGACGGCAUCAUCCACGGCUGGGACAGUCACGUCGCCGUCGCCGUCGCCGUCGCCGGGUUGGAUGCGGAUCCCUGGUCGUCACCGGGCUAUUCCGACGCCAGCGCGGCCGCCCAUCAGGUCCAUCAUCACGACACCAUCGCCUGGUCCGCGGGGACGCAACCGCAAACCGUCCGGUCACGCCGGGGCAGCGAGCAGCAGCAGCAGCACCACCACCACCACCACCAACAUCACCACCCCUCCGGGUCGCCAGAACAGCACACGUGGGCAUCGUCCACCCACUCUGACAGCAUUAUCGACAACCACGAACUGUGGAUGCCCCCGAUCGCGGCAGAGACCCAGACCCCGGCAGCAGAGACGGCCCCU